AUGACUCUCAUCAAUUGCGCUAUCCUGGUGGCGACCCACCUUUCUUCACUUGCUCCUUCUCCGCAACCGGUCCCUGUCCCGACAACGCAAAACGAAAUCUCUGAUUCCUACUCCGAGAAGAGUCCCCCUUCGACAACUCUUCCCGAGCACGCCUCUUAUGCCACGCAGUUCCUCACGCCAUUGAACACCACCCUUCUGCUGCGUGUCCUUCACUAUGGUCGCAUACUCGAGUUAGUUUCGCUCUCUUCGGAAACUCCUACCCUGCGCUUUGAUUUUGCGUCUCCGCUCCUGCCUCACCCUGCGAUCGCUGAUUACAAUGGAAAUGGCCUAUGGAUCGUGGCCCUUUCAUCCAACGGCUCUCUAUACCGUAUUUUGGUUCCCCUUCGCGAUGGCAUCCCAUCGUGGCCACCCCCGUCUCACGUCCAGUGGUGUCACGAACACGUCCUCCAGGCGGUUUCGCACCAAGGGGAAGGGUUCUCGAUCGCAAUACAGAACGCGUCUUGUGCCGCCAUCUCCAUGCCUGAUGGCUCCCUCCUCCGCGUAGAGAGAGACAUGAAAGACGAAGAUGGUAGGACUGUCUCUCCAACUUACAGUUUUCGCGUAAUUUACACGUGGAGCUUAGGCCGUUGGAGGGAAACCAAGUACUCAAACCGCAGCCUCCUCAACCCACUCGCCUACUUGCUUCCCGCUAUGAAAAGACCCACAGAGGGCGAUGCUGUCGUGUCGAUCGCUUGCUGCCCGCCGCCGUCAGAUGUGGCAAACGCCUGCACACUCUCUCGAGACCGAACCCUUCGCUUGUGGACACCAGGGGGGGGCUGUGUGGUCGCGAUCCCACUGCCGGCGAUAGCUUCCGAGAAGACCCUCGUCCGAGACGCUACGUCCCUGCGUCCGGCUAUUUUGCUCCCCCCUGAGCCUCAGAAGCUGUUACACGCGUGGCAUGGAUCCCGCGGUGACAUGUACGUUCUCGUCUUCAUUCCCACAGAGUCUGCUUCUACUUCUGGUGGCUUUUUCCAACUCUAUUUAAACAAGGAAACAAGCAUGCGGUUGUUGUAUACCUUUGAGGCGUCACCCGAAAGUCUUCACUGUCAUUUGCAGGAUUUCAUUGUUGAUGGAAGAAUGCAGACCCUGCACACCGUGUGGGAUUGUCAGGGCCAAUCGAUGCUUCAUGACAUUACUCUAAUUUAUGACGAGUCUAGCAUAGAGGAUCAGGAAUGGCGUAUUACGCGGUAUUCCCCAGAGCCCGAGCUCACUCCUGCAUACAUUGACGAGCUGUUGUUGUCAUCGGGAUCUCUCGCAGGCAAGUUAUUCGAAGCGAUCAUGCGUCCGGGCAUGUUCUCUUCGCUAACCCUACAGACUGCUGUUGAGCAGUACACCGAUGCCCACCGCUCUUUGCCCCCUCCGUACCCUCCACAGAUCUUGACGACAUACGCAAGCGUCGGAGAGCAGAUCGCUGCAGUGGUGGGCUGCACAGUCAGACUAACACGGGAUCCACGUACUGGGGCACUACAAUAUUCCAAGUACUGGAGUGCCUUGAAACGGGAUUGGGAAGGGUUUAUCGCACGGUGUAGGGAGAUCGAGAGAGGUGCCCGUUGGCCUCUAGCCAUCUGCCUGGGUGGGUCAGACCAUGGCACUAUCGUUGUCGAACGAGAGCGCAUUGCUCUUGUUGCCACCAACGACUCGGCUCUUGAAUACCACAGGAAAUUACAGGAUUCCGAGCCCCUCGAUCCCAUUGCUGCACUCUUGGAGCUCAUCUGGACACUGCGAUCUAGGAUUGACCCUCGAACCAUGCAUAUACUAGAGAGCAGGCUGGUUGAUAUUGUCCACCAAGAGGCUGCAUUCCCUUUUGCUGAUAUCAUCCAAGAUCAGGCGCAAAGGAUGGAAUUCAAGGACAAGCUGGAUGAAGGCCUGGAGGAUUGGGUAACUGGUCGACUGCAGGGCAUUGAAGACCUCAAUAGCUGCCUUCGCUUUGUCAUUGACCUUAUCGGUGGCCUGGACCUUGAAGUGAAGGAGGAAAACGGGGACCUCGAUUUGAGCCGCAUGCCAAGUGUCCCCGAGUGGAAACAAGCACUCACAGCGUCUUACACGUCCGCGACAGUGCAUGUUCGCUACGAGCUAUGCCUAUCCCUCAUGACACUACUAUUCUUCCUGGCGGAUGAGCUCCCGCUGUGGAAUCCAAAUCUACUUGCAGAAAUAUCCGCCGUCUUCCGUGGGGUGGCUAUGUUACGUUAUGUGGUGCGGCAACCUGCGGGCGACACUAUCACACCUUCUUUGGAUGCUUCUGCCUCCGCCGGCGAGGACGAAGUCGUAUCUCAGAUGCGCAACAUGCAAGUCUCCAACGGGCGCUCCGGCAUUUUUCCUUUACAUUCUCUCAUCCACAGAUUGGUAGUCCAAUACGGCAUCGGUACGGAUCCUCUCCCUGCAUCCGCUCAGAAGUUUUUGGAUGUCUCAGGACUAUUGCAGUCGACAUCUGCCGCGCGCGCUACGCAGGUUGAGGUGCAAUUCUGCGAAAAUUUGCGCUUGCUUGGCUACCGCGAGGCUGCGCGAGAAAUGCUCGCGUGGCUUCCAAGGGCUCCAGGUGUUACUUACAUUCUAGGACGUCUUUGGCUCGAUGAGGGUCGAUAUGACGAUGCGGCGUCGGCCUUGGGGAGUGUAGCAGGGAGCUUUGGUCUCCAGGAUGUUCUCAUCGAGGAUGAUGAGAAAGCAUUGGCGUCCAUCCUGCCUGGCGGACAACUUUUCAAUUCCGAGUUCGACUAUUACCUCCAUGCUGCAAGUUUGUCCAAGACGGUGGGGGCAGUCUCUCAAGAAGUCUUCUUCACCCAGCGUGCGGUCUCUGUAGCACCACCUGACGUUGACACGACGACCUUAUGGCAUGUAAUCAUACGAGGCCUCACGGACUUGGGCCUUUACGAAGAUGCCUAUGCAGCCCUGGUAUCCACGCCGUACAACAGGCUGAAACGCGAAUGCAUUAGCCAACUUGUAUAUCGUAUGUGUGAAGAAAAUGCAGUCGAACGGCUCAUGUCUUUCAACUUUGCCGGGCUAGCUGAUGAGGUGGAGGAUGCAUUGUCGUUCAAGGCGCGGAACGCAGACCCCCGGAUUCGCCCGUUCUACUCUCGAAUUUUAUACUCGUGGCACGUUUCUAGGGGGGACUAUCGGAACGGUGAGCGAAGUCAUCUCCGCUCUCGGAGCUCGCAGGCGUCUCAACAAGGGUCCAUAUUCACAGCUGCACUCACUAUGUAUCAGCGCGCCCGCAAAUUGGCGAAUUUGAUCGGCGACCCUUCAAACUUUACGAGUCUAACUGAAUUACAGCUCGAGGCUUAUGUGACCAGCAUGAAUGCUCUCGCCCUCACCGAUCAGAAGAGCGCCUGGAUUGUGCUCCCCGUCACGGCAGAGACCGAACAUGAGCCCCGCAAACGGCGAAAGCUUUCCCGACAUAUUCCAGAAGAUAAAUAUACCGUAGGAAAGCGGGACGCAGAAAUUGUUGAGCUGGCAGAUAUGCAGUACGAGUAUUCGCUGCUGUCUGCUCGUCUUGAAUUGAUCCGGCGAGACCCCACGUUGUUGACGGGUGGAGUGCUGCUACUAUCACCUUCCUCGAUAGUAUCGCGUCUAACCCAAGUCAACCUUUUCGACAUGGCCAUGUCCACUGCUCGUAGUCUUGAUGUCGACAUGACCGACUUAUUUGGACGUCUAACUACCCAAUGCCUCCGCCUCUCCCAUAAUCCUGAUGUCGUGAUAGCCGAAGACACAUCUGACUGGCUCCUCACAGACAAGGUAUCCUCAUGGCCUGGUACGCCCGUCAAUAGGGGCUGGCGUUAUCUGCGGCAGUCUCUGGAGCGCCAUGACGGGGCUGAAACAGAUUAUAAGUACAGUAAAAUAGCAUUGGAGACUAUAUUGGGUUUCGACCGAUCAUCACCGCCUCCACCAUGGUUGAUUCAAUCGCUAGAAGCACAACAUCCAGAAUACUUGAUACGUACGUGUUUACGGUACGACAAUCUGGAAUACGCUUUGGACCAUACGUUAUCGUUUAUGCGAUGGAGCAAUGAACGUAUGGUCCAGGAACAGCCCAAAACAGCGUCGGCGACCUGGCUGCCGUAUACCCUAAUUGAUCAGGUCUUGUUGGCGGCUGACUCACAAGAAGGACUGACUUCGCGUGAAGAAAUUUUGCGCAAAGAAAACUACCACCGCAUUGUUGUCCCGUUUGUUUCCAUCAUGUCGCCGUUCAGGAAGUCGUUCAUGAAGAACUGGUAUGCCAUAGAGGCUACCCCCAUUUUUGCUGUUGUUGGACUGGCCGUCGUAGGAUGUGGUUGGUAUCUGACCCGGCUCGCACGGGGACCUACCGUCGUCUGGACAAAGGAAAACCCGACCCCGUGGAACGAUGUCAAGCAAAAUGAGAACAUCAAGCUUCUAGCAGUCAACCACCAAUUUGAGAAGGGGUGGGAGCGUAGGAAGCUAUGA